AUGCAGCUAACCCUAACAGACAAAACACCUGUUAAUGUGAGUGCAGUGUUCGUGAAUGGGAAGUUUUGCAAGAACCCAAAGCUUGCCAAAGCUGAUGAUUUCUUCUUUCCUGGUCCCAAGAUGCUCGGUCUCAACAUCCCCAGAAGUACAUCAAAUCGAGUUGGGUCGAAUGUUACUCCAGUAAACGUGGAACAAUACCAGGGCUCAACACUCUUGGUAUCUCAUUAG